CAUUAAAAAAAAAAAUUAGGGUUUCACUGCUGCACAAACUAUACGUGCUUCCUGCUUAAUUUUAGCAUAAAGCCGAAUGCUUGCCUGACCUUUUCCUUUUCUAUUUGGCUUCAGUUAAAGUAGAGAGUUCCACUUCCACACCUUCUUCUUCUUCUUCUUCUCGUUCCUCCUCCUACUCUUCUUCUUCUCUCUCUCUAUGGGGGGUGUUGUGUGAUCCAUUCUUAUUCAAAUUCCUCAUUUUAUUUUUCCAUGUAGCACAGUGCUGAGAAACACGAGAUUGGAGUCUUGAAUUGGGUUGGCUGUUGGUUUCAAUUUCCGGACCACCUAGGCAUGCAGCGGAAUUCAGGUAUACUUCGUCGCGACAGAUGACAAUUUCCGCCGGAAUAUUCAGCCGGUGAAUUCUUUACGGCGAGCUGAUCAGGAGGAUGGAAGAGAGCGGAAUUAUCAUGGGGUGGUUGUGAGUAACUUUUGCUUGAGAAAAUGGAUAAGAGCCAUCUGCCAUCGAUCAGUAGCGCCGAUCUAAUUGAUGCAAAGCUUGAAGAGCAUCAGCUCUGCGGAUCUCAACACUGUCCUGGAUGUGGGCACAAGCUGCAAUGCAAACCAAACUGGGUGGGACUUCCUGCAGGUGUGAAAUUUGAUCCGACUGAUCAGGAGCUGAUAGAACACCUUGAGGCAAAAGUUCAAUGCGAGCAGUCAAAGGCUCAUCCUCUAAUUGAUGAAUUCAUCCCCACCAUUGAAGGCGAAGAUGGAAUUUGUUACACCCACCCGGAAAAACUCCCAGGUGUGACAAGGGACGGGCUGAGCAGACACUUCUUCCACAGGCCAUCAAAGGCGUAUACAACGGGGACAAGGAAAAGGAGAAAGAUACAGACAGAGUGUGACCUGCCGGGCGGUGAAACAAGGUGGCACAAGACAGGCAAGACAAGGCCUGUCAUGGUCAAUGGGAAGCAGAAAGGCUGCAAGAAGAUCUUGGUCCUCUACACAAACUUUGGGAAGCACAGGAAGCCUGAGAAGACCAACUGGGUCAUGCACCAGUACCAUCUGGGUCAGCAUGAGGAGGAGAAGGAAGGGGAGCUUGUGGUCUCCAAGAUCUUCUAUCAAACCCAGCCCAGGCAGUGCAACUGGUCGGAUAGAGCAGCCAGUGGGGACAAUGCCGCUUCUUCUCAUGAGAGGCUGAAGACAAAUUCCCAAUCAAGCACUGAGCACGUCGAACACAGAAUUGAGGGCGGAAGUGGGAGUUCUUCAUCAAAAGAGGCUACUCAAAGAGAUGAGCUCUCAAGGGCCACAAUUUCAAGCUAUAGCUCCCUGGAUGUUCAACAGCUGAAAAAUGAUACCUUCAGUUUUGUACCAUUUAGGAAGAGCUUUGAUGAGAGUGCUGAAGUUGGAGAUUGCACUCCACGCGCGCGUGAAGAGCAGGAGGAGCAUGAGAAAAUGGGGCUUGGAAUGGGUCAUGAGCCUCAUCAGGUGGUGGCAGCAGCAGCAGCUUUCCAUAUAAGUAGGCCCUCAAAUCCCAUCUCCACCAUACUGCCGUCUCCAAUGCACCAGACUUCACUUGUCAUGGAUGAUUCCUUUCACGUUCCCGGAUUUCUCCUCCACUCUGAAAAAUUUCAGCAGAACCAGCAGCAACAGCAGCCAAAGUUGGCAGAAAGACCUGCUUCUUCUUCAUAUAAGCUGCCACUGGAUGAGAUGUUUGAUUGCACCCACCAGGAUAUGAAAGAAUCAGGAAUAAACAAUGCACAAGAAGCAGAGUGGAUGAAGUACUACUGGCAAGAUCCUAACCAUCCGGAUCAUCAUGGAUAGGCUCAAAACGUUCACCCACAAAAGAGAAUGGAAAACAGAAUCAUAUCGCAGGAACUGUGAACAGCCCCCUGCAACCCCUUUCCAAAGAAAAGAAGAAAAAAAGAGGGUCCUGUCUUGCCUUGAUUUUUGGUCCAGGCUUCCAGCCAUUGUAUCUACUAACUGCAAAAUAUGUACAAUAAGUUCUGUCGUUCAACGAACAAAAAGAAGAAAAACGGAAAAGAAAAGGAAGAAAAAAAAAGGGAAAUUACGAACAUCAAGGAGAAGAAGAAGAACAAAGCUAAAAACCGAAAAGAAAAAGAAGGAAAAAGCUGCUGCUGCUGUCACAACUUAACACCAUCGAUCUCGUGCCUGCAUGCCAUCAUUAUCACCAUCAUUAUUUUUUAUGUAGUCUCUCCCUCUCCCUCUCCCUCUCCCUCUCUCUCUUCCGUAUGGUGUAAGUCUAUGGCCAAAAAAAAGAAAAGCCAUCCUCUACUCUAUCUCA